UCACUCAUCUGUGAGAAAGAGUAAAAGCGAGAGAAAGCUGAUUUGGGGUGGCUGUUGAACAGGAGCUCUGACUGGGACCCAGGGCCAGCUCCUGGACCCACAACCACGAGGACCCCCAGCACCCAGCUGGGUCAGGGAGCUCAGCCACAGACCACCGUACAGACGUCAAGUCUUAACGCACACCUGGGAAGGAAUGAGACCCCAUCCCAGCUGACCCAGUGAAAAAGCCACGGUAGAGGCCAGCCGCCAAUCGGUUUUUCCGAGGAGGAGAACGGGACAGGGAAACCAGGCAGGGAGCUGGGUUUCCUGUUGCUCUGUGCAUCCUGUUGCUGUCGGAUGUUGUCUCAUUAGGCCCCCCAUCCAAAGGCCUGCAUUUCCUGCCCUUACCUAAUUUGGACAAUACCGCAGGUCGGUGGCCACCCCAGACCUGGGUGAAACUCAACAUGCCGGCAGCCCCCACGCUGGCGUCCCUCUUCUAGACUGGACUCUGCACGGGUUCUAGAUGCCACGUUAAAAAUGAAUGAAUGAAUGAAUGAAUGAAUGAAUGAAUAAGAAGGAACAAGAGAAUGAAAUGAACACUCCUGUAGCUGUCUUCAGUCACGCGUGUCAGGAUCCCUCGGGAGCACAUUCCCAGGAGCGGAGCUGCUGCAUCCAAGGGCGGCGGCACGUGGACCACACCAGAUUUUGCUGAACUGCUCUCCCAAAUGGUUGUGCCGAUUUACCUCCCUCCCCUGGCGGUGCUGACCGAUCCUCGUUGGUCCACGCCUUCUCCAACGCUCUACCAUCAGGUUGCAUUUUUUACCAAUCUGAUGGAAGUGGAGCUUGCAUUUCUGUGGUUGCUACUGAGGCUAGACGUCCUUUCAAAGGAUCAUCGACCAUUUCUCUUUCAUGCCGUUAUCAUUCUUCUGUGUGGGUUCUCUUUUUUCUUCAGAAAUCUAAGGUGAGGUUUGCCUGUUUUAUUAUCUUUUCAAAACGCUGGCUUCAGUCUUUCCAGUUCUUUCUAGUCUCCAUUGCUUUCCUAUGUCAUUAAUUCCUGAUCUUAUUAUUUCUGUCUUCUGCCUCCUUUGUAUUUAUGCUGUUGUUGUUUUUCUAAUUUUGUGAUGUUUAGCACGUUGGUCUUUUUUCUUUUCUAAUAUGAGCACGAAGGGCUAUACAUUUCCUUUUCGGUGCUGCUCGGACACUUCCCACAGAUUUUAAUGUUACAAUUCUAAGUAUUUCCUAAUUCUCUUUCGGAUUCUUUGACCCAAGAAUUAUUCCGGAGUGUGUUUUUAAAGCUUCGUACUUACGAAGUUUGUUUGUUACAUUGUUUAAGUUCUUGAUUUUUUUAACAAACUGCACUGUGGUCAGAGAACAAGCAAAGGCUUCUUGGCAAGCCCAGCAGGAGCCAAGGGACCCACCCCAUGGAAAGACGCUGGGUGAUGGGGGCAGCCAAUGGCUGUAAGGAUGGCUUGGAUUUCAACCCCAUGAAAGAGUACAUGGUCCUGAACAGCUCCCAAAGGAUAGCUAUUGCGGUGUUGUGCACCGCCCUCGCCCUGCUAAGUGCCCUGGAGAACCUGGCUGUACUCUACCUGAUCCUGUCCUCCCACCGGCUCCGCAGGAAGCCCUCAUACCUGUUCAUUAGCAGCUUGGCUGUGGCUGACUUCCUGGCCAGUGUGAUUUUCGCUUGCAACUUUGUGAAUUUCCACGUCUUCCAUGGUGUGGAUUCCAAGGCUGUCUUCCUGCUGAAGAUUGGAAGUGUGACCAUGACCUUCACAGCCUCUGUAGGCAGUCUACUGCUGACUGCCAUUGACCGCUACCUCUGUCUGUGCUACCCACCUACAUACAAAGCCCUACUCACCCGUGGGAGGGCAGUGGCAACCCUGGGCAUCAUGUGGGUCCUCUCGGCAUUGGUCUCCUACCUGCCCCUUAUGGGAUGGACUUGCUGCCCCAGUCCCUGCUCUGAGCUUUUCCCCCUGAUCCCCAAUGACUAUCUGCUGGGCUGGCUUCUGUUCAUUGCCUUCCUCUUCUCUGGCAUCAUCUACACUUAUGGGCAUGUCCUCUGGAAGGCCCAUCAGCAUGUAGCCAGCUUGGCUGAACACCGGGACAGGCAGGUGCCAGGAAUGGCACGAAUGAGGCUCGAUGUGAGGUUGGCCAAGACCCUGGGGGUGGUGCUGGCUGUGCUUUUCAUAUGCUGGCUCCCGGUACUGGCCCUUAUGGUCUACAGCCUGACCACCACCCUAAGUGACCAGGUCAAGAAGGUCUUCGCCUUCUUCUCCUUGCUCUGCCUUGUCAACUCCAUGGUCAACCCCAUCAUCUAUGCCUUGCGGAGUGGGGAGAUCCGCUCCUCCGCCCAUCACUGGCUGGGCCGCUGGAGGAAACAUCUGAGGAGACUCAAGCUGGAAGGAAACAAAGAAGUCCCGAGGUCCUCAGUCACUGAGACAGAGGCUGAUGUGAAAAGCACCCCAUGGCCAGAUUCCAGAGGACUAAACUUCUCUGAAUACUGAUGAGUCCUCUUGCAUGAUUUUAAACAAGCUGAGUCAGAAUCAUUUCACUCCCUGGAGGGGAGAGAGCAGCCUUGGCCCUAUUGUCUUACUUGAGCCAGGCCCUAGGGGCUUGGACCCUUACCCCUUUUUGCUGAUGACUAACGGCACUGACCCUGGCAGGUAGCUUGGCCAUGCCUAUUUGCACACAGACUGUUGGAUAGCUAGGCCAUGUGAGGAACGGCAAGGUGGGCGAGAGGCUUGAGAAGGCUCAGUGCACUUUCAGGUUAGGAGAACCUCCCCAACAAGAUGGCUUAGUGAUUGCAUCCUCCAGAGACCACAGGAGCCAGAUGGAGCCUUCAGGCUCAGCAAUGAGGGACUCAGAGGAAAUCUGAGAAGACGAAUGGAUUAUUUUCCUGGGAUCUCAAGAUGUCAGAUGGGAUGGCUGGCCAACCCCGUUCUUGCUUGAUUGUUGGGACCUCCUUGGUUCUAAGGCUAUGAAAGACCCCACUUCUGGUCACCCUUUCCUACUGAGGACCAAAAACUUUGAUACAAUGAGGAUCAAGGAUAUUGAUCCACCUCUUUCAUAGGUAAUUGACAAGCCUCUAGUUCAGGGAAUCUUGUUAUUAGGGCAGUGGCCCCAGUUGACACCCUGAUAAUCUCCACUCACAGCCACUGUGACCUCCUAGGUCCCCGGGGAAUACAGGGGAGGCUGGGACUGGUUGACACGGAAUUUUCAGAGAAUUUUGUGAUCCCUCUGAAGUCCUUCCACUGGGAGCAGGCAAUGGCCCAGCCUAACUCCAAGAAAAAGGAAGACAUUCACUAAGAUUUCCUAAACCCCCAAAUUGUUCCCCGUUGCCCCUCAGUUCAGCUCCUUUGUCUAUUUACAAGACAAGGUGUCCACUCUUCAUUUGCUCAUGCACCCAUCUCACAAAUGCGUGCCAGGCCUUGUGCUAGGUCCUGGUUGUGCAACCAUAAAUGAGACUGGCCCUGUCUAAUGUGGGUUACAUGCUACAUUCUGGUGGGAAGACAGCCACUAAAGAAGAUAAUUACUGGUGGUACAAUGAAGGAAAUCAUUAAGGUCAUGUGAUAGGGAUUAAUUGAGGCAACUUUAGGUAAGCUAGACCUACUAUGUGCUCUGGUCAUAAAUGCCAGCUGGCUUUUAUAGUCUUUACUAUGUGCCACACACUGGGAUAAGUGCUUUCAAAUGAAGUAUUUUGUUUAGUCUUCACAAUAACCUGACCUCAAGAGGGUCUUGGUACCCUCAUUUUUUUGAUAAGGAAACAUUUAAGAGCAAAAUCAUUUGCCUGUGAUCACACUGCUGAUAUGUACCCAAAGCUGGGGUUUCCAAAGCCUGCCCCCUUUACCACUAACCUCUUGGCCUAGUUCAGUCAAAUUCUGCUUGAUUAGGAAUAAUACUUGAUUCCUAUAACAUCAGAUUGCUGCGAUCUGAACUCAACAUUAUUUCUUCAUUUUAUGCCAAUAUACUUCAUUUUCUGUCCAGUAUUAAUUUCCUAUAAUAAUUUUCGACAAACUGGGGUGCCUGGCUGGCUCAGUUAGUGGAACAUGCCACUCUUGAUCUUGGGGUUGUGAGUUCGAGCCCCAUGUUGGGUGGAGAGAUUACUUCAAAAUAAAAAUCUUUACAAAAAUUUAUUUUCCACCAAGUGGCUUAAAAGAACAGAAACUUAUUCUUUCAUGGAAGCUUCUGGAAGCUAGAAGUCCAAAAUCAAGGCAUCGCCAAGGCCAUGCUCCCUCCAAAGGUUCAAGGAGAGUAUCCUUCCUUGCUUUCGAGUUUUGGCAGCUCCUGAAGUUCUUUGGCUUGUGGCAACAUAACACCAAUCUCUGCCUCCAUCUUCAUAUGGCCCUCCUCUCCCCCACUUUAUCUCUUGGCAUCUUCUUUUAAGGAUGUCAAUCAUUGGAUUAAGGCACAUUGUAAUCCAAUAUGACCCCAUCCUAAUUUAACAAAUUACAUCUACAAAGACUAUUUCCAAAUAAGGAAACAUUGACUGGUUCUGAGUGUACAUGAAAUUUGGGGGGACAUUAUUCAACCCAGUACAACUGCCGAAGGACAAAGGCAGCCCCUCAAUUACAGCCCAUAUCAUGGACUGUGUUAAGUGGCAGUCACUGGCUAGUCUUCCCCCAUGAGAUGAGCUCCACGUUCACCUCUUGGUCCCCAGGGGUCCCUGACAAUCCAGCAUAGAGACUUUUUUUUCUCCCAAAUUUUUAUUUAAAUUCUAGUUAGUUAGCAUAUAGUGUAAUAUCGUUUUUGGGAGUAGAAUUUAGUGAUUCAUCAUUUACAUAUAACACCCAGUAUUCAAC